CUGGAUUCUGUCUUCUGUGUUUGUCUUUUUGCUACUUCGAUUUGUGGUUUAUGCUUAUUUGAUUUGAUGAUUUGAUGAUCGUUGGGAGAUUUCUGUUUGGAUUGGAUUUUAGUUUGUAUCGGCCGGAUUCUCGUCUUGCUUGAUUGUGGGUGUUCGAGUUUUGAUCGAAACAAGGUUGAUGGUUGAAAUAGACGUCCAAAUCCCAUCCGCUUACGAUCCAUUCGCAGACGCCAAGGAUUCCGAUGCCCCGGGAGGCAAAGAGUAUGUUCAUAUCCGCGUGCAGCAGAGAAAUGGCAAGAAGUGCUUGACAACAGUCCAGGGUCUGAAGAAGGAUUUCAGCUACGAGAAGAUCCUCAAAGACGUGAAGAAGGAGUUCUGUUGUAAUGGUAACGUCGUCCAAGACAAAGAACUGGGGAAGAUAAUUCAGCUUCAAGGCGAUCAGCGCAAGAACGUGUCUCAGUUCCUGGUUCAGGCUGGGAUUGUGAAGAAGGAUCAGAUCAAGAUCCAUGGAUUUUAAGCAACUUGUUUUAUAGUUCAUCGAAUUGAAUCUGUUUCUGUGUUCUAUUAUUUUGAAUGGAUCUUGUGAUGGCGGUCUGUGAUGACAACUUGUUAGCAAUAAAAUGUUUGAUUCUGGGCAA